CACCGCCGCCACCCCGCCGCCCCGCCGCCCCUGUCGGCUGCGCCGUGACGCCGGCAUGAGCCUGGCCCGCCGCCUGCCCAGCGAGCGCCCCCGACCCGGGCCGCGGCGCCCAGCAGGCGCUGGGCGAAGGAGCUGCUAGAACAAUGCUGAGGCGGGUGAGGUGAGGAGCCGCCAGGCUGUGUGCUGUGUGCGGAAAACCCGAAGGAGUGUCUCGAACAGGUGAUCAGAGGAGCCGGAAACGGAGGCCACCUGGGCAUUCCUCCCCUCGCCUUGGCCAGACCCGGCACCCAAGAGAAGGUGGGGAAACCAUGGCGACCAAUUUCAACGACAUCGUCAAGCAAGGCUACGUGAAGAUGAAGAGCAGGAAGCUCGGGAUAUACCGCAGGUGCUGGCUGGUGUUCCGGAAAUCCUCCAGCAAAGGGCCACAGCGGCUGGAGAAGUAUCCUGAUGAGAAGUCCGUGUGCCUCCGAGGCUGCCCCAAGGUGACCGAGAUCAGCAACGUUAAGUGUGUCACGAGGCUCCCCAAGGAGACCAAGAGGCAGGCCGUGGCCAUUAUCUUCACUGAUGACUCAGCCCGUACCUUCACCUGUGACUCAGAGCUGGAGGCAGAGGAGUGGUACAAGACGCUGUCCGUGGAGUGUCUGGGGUCGCGGCUCAACGACAUCAGUCUGGGAGAGCCAGACCUCCUGGCCCCAGGGGUGCAGUGUGAGCAGACGGAUCGCUUCAACGUCUUCCUGCUGCCCUGCCCCAACCUGGAUGUGUAUGGAGAGUGCAAGCUGCAGAUCACCCACGAGAACAUCUACCUCUGGGACAUACACAACCCCCGCGUGAAGCUCGUCUCGUGGCCCCUUUGCUCAUUGCGUCGCUAUGGCCGGGAUGCCACACGCUUUACCUUCGAGGCUGGCCGGAUGUGUGACGCUGGGGAAGGGCUCUACACCUUCCAGACGCAGGAAGGGGAACAGAUUUACCAGCGGGUCCACAGUGCCACCCUGGCCAUCGCCGAGCAGCACAAGCGGGUCCUGCUAGAAAUGGAGAAGAAUGUGAGGCUGCUGAACAAGGGCACAGAACAUUACUCCUAUCCCUGCACGCCCACCACCAUGCUGCCCCGCAGUGCCUACUGGCACCACAUCACGGGCUCCCAGAAUAUUGCCGAGGCCUCCAGCUAUGCCGGUGAGUCCCUGCAGGGCCCCCCACGCACCUGCCACGAGGCUCCGUGGAAGACGAGGCCUUCUGGGCAGAGGUCUUUGGACCUGGACCUGAGUCCUGAGUCCGCCUCUGUGUCCGCAGGUGAGGGGUACGGGGCAGCCCAAGCCAGCUCGGAAACGGACCUUCUCAACCGAUUCAUCCUGUUAAAGCCAAAGCUCCCCCAGGGGGACAGCAGCGAGGCCAAGACCCCGGGCCAGUGACGGCAGGGCUAGUGUGCACAGUGACAGUUGGGGCUGCCUGCGGCGUGCUGUGGACAGCCUGAGGGGCUGCCGGCCCCUGGAGCAAGGGCCUGGACAAAGGGAACAAGCUGUCCCUUCCUUGCCCCCGACGGUAAGGCUGGACCAAGGCAAAGGGCUGGCCACACCACCUGAGCAUGUGUGACGGGCUGGAGCUGCCAUGGACUAUAUACUGUUAAGGAUUUUAAUAUAUACGGCUUAUGACAUAUUCUGUAUUAAUGAAUUUCCCCGUCCCUCCCUGCCACCACAUACACAUUUUUUAACCCCAUGACCAGGCCACAGUCCAGGCUGGUUUUGAAUGUGCCUGUCCUCCAUGGCACAGCCCCCCUGCUGCCAGGACUUGCUUGAGCUGCCAGGGCCAAGGGAGACAAUCAGCUGACUGCUGGCCUUUCCCAGGCAGCCCCAGGGCUAACACAGCAGGUGGCUUUCCAAUUCCUCUGGGCCUAGAGUGGCACAGGAAGGAUCUGAACUUACACUGUGCCACUUGGUAGCCUGGCACUUGGAGUUUUAAGCAGAGGUGACAUGUGGUUGACACCUCAGGUGAAAAUCUAGUUUGAAAAAGGAAAUAUCUGCCCAGGUUCCUUCCUUUUUAGUAGGCUAGAGAGAUACCCUGGGGGUAGGGGUGCUGGUAACCUCAGGCAGAGGAUGGCGGUAGGAUGGCCAGUCCCGAGCUCUUUCCUGACCCAGGGCCAGGCCAGGAGGGAAGGCCGCGGCAGGACUGCAGUGGGGAGCACCCCUGCUGCCCUCUCACUGACCUGGGACAGGCAAUGCCCCCCUUUCCGGGGGGACCCCUCUCCCUGUUUGGCCACCCAAUGGCCAGCCAAAAG